UGGGGCUGCCAAGAACACCUCCCUCUCCCCUCUCCCGGCUGCAAGAAGGUGAUGAUGGCGUUGGGGACGCUCUUGAGGAAGCCGCCGCUGCCGCCGGGCAGUUGUAGAGCCUUCUGGGGAUGGCUGAAUGCUGUGUUCAACAAGGUGGACCACGAGCGCAUCCGAGCCGUGGGUCCCGACCGGGCGGCCUCGGAGUGGCUGCUACGCUGCGGGGCCCUGGUCCGCUACCAGGGCUCGCCCAAGUGGCAGCAGGACUACAACGCGCUCCCCACGGGGCCCCUGGGCAGGUACAAGAUCGAAGCCAUCAACGCCACCGACUCCUGCAUCAUGUACAGAGGAUUUGACUAUCUGGGCUGGUCCUGGGAUUCUGGAGCAAACCCUGCCUUGUGCCUCUGCAGAUGGCCUGGAGCACGUUACAGACAUCAGGCUGGAGAAGUGCAUGUACAUCCAGGACGAGUGUCUGCAGAGGCUCAGCGAGACCAACAACCUCCAGAAGAGUCUGCAGCAGCUGAGAAUCAUCUCCUGUGGCAAUGUCACAGACAAAGGCAUCCUUGCACUCCACAAGCUGAGGAACCUGGAAUAUUUGUAUCUGAGUGACCUUCCUGGGAUCAGAGAAAAAGAAACAACUUUCCGUGUCCUUCAGCAGGCACUGCCCAAGCUGGAGCUGGAGCUGGAUUUGGAAUAAACACAGCAGCACAUAACUGAGAUGUGAUUUCCUAGGAUUUAUCUUCUCUUGCAUCAAUGAAGUUGUAGACACCACUGUACUUGCAGUAAGCCCAGCUCUCCCAGUCCAGCCUCAAAGGUGUAUGUGACCUUUGAAGAAAUCAUGCAAUUCAUUUUUAUUAAGCUCAAACUCAGUGGUGGAUCAAGAACAGACAGGGCAGGCCUCUGCAUAUAGGCAUCCGUUUCCUGUUCUUCUAGGAAGCUCUGAAUACCUCAGAAGUUCUCAGUAUUUCAUUGCACAGAAGCAGAGUGGCACUGGGGGAAUGUUGGGGGGUGUGUGGUCAGUGCCCGGUGUCGGUGCUGUUCCCUCUGGGAGAAUCUCACCCAGUAGGUGGGUGCUGGUGAAUAAAAGAGGUUCUGGGUC